ACAUUUUAUAGAGGAAUAAUGACUAGUUAAAUUACGACUUAUUCUUGGGUUCACCCCCUAGGUGAAUCUGUAGGUUCACCAACCAAUAGGAUUGUGUCAUUUUAGAUUCAGUAUCUUAAUAUAAAGGAAACAAAAUAUUAUCGAAUUAUAUUAAAUUUUAAAAUAAAAAUUGUAUUAAUCACAAAAAGAAGAUUUUUUAAUCGCAAAAAAAAAAAUAAUUUGUUUUUCAAAAAUAUUUUUAACACUGCCAACAAAUAUUAAACCCUAAACCUUUAGGUAAACCCUAAAUCUUGAAUAAAUCAUAAAUCUUAAAGUGUAAGAUUUGAUCCAAGAGUUUCGGAUUUAUCCAAGGGUUUAGGGUUUACCCAAGGGUUUAGGGUUUAGGAUUAGGAUUUAGGGUUUAGUGUUUUGUUGAUUGUGUUAAAAAUAUAUAUUUUUUAAAUUCAAGAAUUUAAAAUUUAUCAAAGGGGUUAGGGUUUACCAAAGGGUUUAGAUUUAGAGUUUAUUGUUUUGUAUAUGGUAUUAAGUUUUUUUUGAAAACUUUUUUUUUUGCAGCUACUAUUAUUUUUAUUUAUUUAUACUUUUUUUAAUUUUAAAAACGUAAUAUAAUUUGACAAUAUUUUGUUUCCUUUUUUAAAAGAUAUCAGAUUUGAAAUAACUAAAUCUUAUUGGUUGGUGAACCUAUAGGUUCACCCUAGGGAGUGAACCCAAGAAUAACUCUUAAAUUACUAGGAGCUAGACUAGACCUAUGUGUUAACAAAUUAUUGAUUAUUAUGCAAAUAUUUUAUAUUUAUAUAAAAUAUUUUAGUGUUUGACUUUAAUUAUAAAAUUAAUUUGAUGAAUUAUAAAAUUUAGGUAUACAAAAUAAAAUAAAAAAACUUGUGAACAUAUACUAACAUCAUUUCUUAAUUUAGCAGAUUUAAAUUAAUUUACAUCGAUUUAAACUAAUUUUUAUAAAUCAAAUUUUAAGAAAAUUAAUUUCAGCUAGGACUGAUGAGUUGCUGCGUAGGCGGACCAAUUUGUUGAACCAUGUAAUAUAUACAUUAUAAUUACUAGAAAUGGACGUGGUUAACCUAAACCAGAUUAGUACCAAGAUAACUAUGGUUUUUCACUACAGAUUAAAGAAGUUUAAUUUUGAUAAGAAAAUUAAAGAAACUACGAAGAAUACUUACAAGCAGUCAUAAUACAAGUGUUUUUCUUUUUUUUUUUGAAUAUAAAUACAAGUGUUUUUCGGUCAACAUAUAAUCCACACAACGUUGAUUUUUGUUUUGUCGUAUAUAAUUGCAAACGUUGAUUUUCUACAAAAAUGUACGUGUGGGGUUAUUGUAAUGCACUUCAUGCGUCUACCCGACGACUCUUUUUUACUCUCAAGUAACACUCUUUUUUUUUUUUUGGUAAACCUCUGAAGUAACACUUGCACCACAUAUCUCACCAUCGCCACUCUACGCACAUUUUAUAUUAACGCAUACCAUUUUAAAAAAAUGGUUCGAUUCGCGCUGGGAGGGACUAUUUACAUUGUUUGGGUUCCCGGCAAAGAGGUGAAAACACCAUUUUUUGUUUAUUAUAACACUCUACGCACAUUUUAUCUUAACGCAUACCAUUUUUUUGUUUAUUAUAUUUUUUGUAGUCUCUAAAAUCAUAUCAUUCAAUCCAACAUGCAAUAUAAUAUAUAUGUACAACAUACUUUUUGACUAUGGUGCCAAUAACCCAAAAACCCCUCUCUCAUCUCCUCCUUCCGGGAAGCCUCCCAUAUGCUUUUGAAUUCUCACACAAGCCUUUAGACAAAUUCAGUAUAAAUACUCAAAACCUUAAGUCACUCAUUCUCAGGCUCAUCAACAACAUUUGAUCACAUAGCUCAGAAAAAUUUGAUCAGCACAAUCUAUCUUGAUCGUACUCACCAGCAAUCAAAAACAUCAUCGGAAGAUGGGAAGAGCUCCAUGCUGUGAGAAGAUGGGGUUGAACAGAGGCCCAUGGACGCCUGAAGAAGAUCAAAUCUUGAUCUCUUUUAUCCACAAACAUGGCCACAGUAACUGGCGAGCCCUCCCCAAGCAAGCUGGUCUUUUAAGAUGUGGGAAAAGCUGUAGACUUAGGUGGAUGAACUAUUUAAAACCUGAUAUUAAAAGAGGCAAUUUCACCAAAGAAGAGGAGGAUGCUAUCAUUAGCUUGCACCAAAUCCUUGGCAAUAGAUGGUCAGCGAUUGCAGCAAAAUUGCCAGGAAGAACGGAUAAUGAGAUCAAGAACGUAUGGCACACUCACUUGAAGAAAAGACUUGAAGAUUAUCAACUCGCUAAACCUAAGACAAGCAAUACGAAGAAGGCUACUAAACCUAAAUCUCAAUCUGUACCGACGAAAUUGAACAGUACUAGAUGCGAAUUGGAGUUUUUAAAUUCAUCAAACCCUUCUUUUGAAAGCUUGUUCUCGGCAUCACCAUCAACGAGUGAUGCGGUUUCUUCGGUGACACUCAUGAGCCACGAAGGCCAUAACAACGAGGCUAAGAUGGAUAAUAAAUCGGGAGACAUCAAUAUUGCGGAUCAAGAUUGUUCUUCUUUCGAAAUUUUUGGAGCAGACAUCGACGAGAGCUUCUGGAAUGAGGCGCUUUAUAGCCAGGAUGAAAGCAACUACGCACUGAAUCUUGACGUGGCUGGUUUUGACGAGAUACAACAAGAGUUUCAGCAGUUAGGCCCAGAUGAGAAUGAGAUGGUUUUCGACAGUGAGAUGGACUUUUGGUUCGAUGUUUUGGCGAGAACUGGAGGGGAACAAGAUCUAUUAGCUGGGCUCUAAUUAGCUGACAUAUUUGAAUAGUAAAGUGACAUGGUGAAAAUUAAAGCUAAGAAAAGUCUUUAAGUUUUCAUGUGAUCUGGUUAGUUUAUUAACUAGAGGUUGCGUUUUUUGAAAAUAUUACUCUGAUUGAGUGGUUAGCUAAUUGGAGUAGUAAUCAAUGACAAGUGAUUAACUAAGAUAUAUAUUAGUACCUUGUUAAUAAAAUAAUUAACUGAAAAUAUUGAAUGUCAUGCGAAAAACAACGAUUAAAAUGUAUUAUUAAAGUGCUCUAAUAUAUAGUAAUAUACCCGGCUUUCGUUUUCAAGUUCAACUAUGGCGGAAAAGAAGAAGUUGUAAAUUAAUUAACUAGCUAGCAAACUAGAGAAAGUAACUUAAGAAAUUAUAAACAUUUUAAUAAUAAUCCAAAUGCUAGAAAAACAGAUAAAAUAAUGCUUUAGUGAGAUGCAUUUAUUAUUCUUAAAUAACAAACCCAUGAAACAGAAAGUGUAUAUAUAAAAAGAAAGAAAAAUAAAGAAAAGUAGAAAUUAAAGUGAAACAGGCUUAUAAAUUGGACGUAUAAAGAUUUUAAAUAUUCAUAUUGAUUAAUAUAUUUAGUUUCCAAAUGGUUACAACUAGUGGCAAAUAUGUAAUUAGCCCUGUUCGGAAAGAUGAAGCUGCGUCAGCGUCCGGUAACCUAAAAUAGAUACAGACCACGGAAAAACAAAACACAGAUGAGAGAGAAAAUGAUCGCUAGCGUCUAACGCGAUAUAUACCAGAUUUUAAAAAAUGAUAAGAUGCUAUUAAAUCCGGCGAUCCAAAGUAAGUCAUACUUUAAAAAUGAUCGCUGCGACCAAUUCCAGCUAAUGUAUUUUUAGCUGCACGUUUUAAAUAUCGUCGCUGACGCUAAUUUCAGCGUUUAUGCAAAGAACAUGGUUGUUUUAGACGUAGCAGAGUAGAUACAAUGAAUAUUAUUUUCAGCAGUCAUUUUAAAUAUUGUCACUGCGCUAAUUUCAGCGUCUAUACAAAGGUAUAGAACAGAGUAGAACAUCGUUUGUGUUCAUUACGUCUACUUUGCUGCGUCUAAAACAACUAUUUGGUUUACGAAGGUAUAGAAUAAUUUGAAAAUAUCGAAACAAAUAUUUAUAUAUCUAAAUUAAGAGGAUUAAUGGUAAUAUUUUCUAUUUACUUGGGUUUUUUUGGGGUCUAAUAUUUAUUUACUUGGUUUAGAAUUUAGUUUUUACUAGUAUUCGUCCUGUACCUCAUUUUCUUAUAUUAAAACUAACAUCUAAUUUUAAUUUCUUAACAUGUAAUAACACUUCAUGUUUAGGGUUAAAAAUGUAUUAACACCACCUUCAACUAUGAAUCUACAGUAUAUAAAAAAUAGGGAAAUUUAAACUAAUAUUGGAAAUAAAAACUAAUCCAUCAAAUCAAUAAACAUGGUCCACAUAAACCAAUUAGUUUCAAAAAAUUAUUUAUUAGAAUUUUGAUAAUAAAAAGUAUUGGGUUCAUAGACAUUUUGACCAAAAGGGUUCAAAGACAUUUUAUGGUAAAAUUAUUGAUGUCAUUAACUAAAACUCAAGAAGUCACCAAUUUAUUUUUUUAAACCUUUGGUCAAGAAAAUUACCAAAGCUGAAAAAAAUAAACUUGGUAAUCAUAAAUCACCAAGUCAUCGUAAUCAUCUCCAUAAAUACUAAAUACUACAUUAUAAUACCACAAUUUCCUACAAUGAAGAUCAAUGCAACUUAAAGAUAGUAUGUAAUACAAAUUUGAAUCGCGGUUUUGAAAAAGAAGCAAGGAUGGAACUACCGAAUUUACAGAAUCAAUUACCUUUAUCCAGACAGCAUUUCUUUGGUACACAGUGCCUCAAAAAAAAAUUGGAAACGUCGUCGAACUUUCCUAUUCACCUUCUCAUUUUGCAUAUGGUUAAUCUUCAGAUUUCUUCAAAUCAGUCACCUGUUUACUCAUUUCGAUAUAAUCAUCACCAAAACAUGCAAACAGUCUAUUAGGUUCCAAAAUUAUAAAAAUAGUUUAUUGACGUACUUAGCUUUCUAAUUAUAAGACUUAGCUUUCUAAUUAUAAGCCGUAAAAAACUGAGCUGUAAAUAUCUAAUUCUUUGUAUAAUAGAGUCGAAUGUACUUAUUGUUACCUCAUUUGCAAACGUUUCUCUGAUUUUCCAUUUUUUGAAGAAUGAAGUUCUGAAGCAUCAGUAUACUCAAGUGACAUCUUUAGUUUGAAUCACACUAAAAGAAUUAAUGGGUGUAAAAUAGAUUGUAAACUGUUGUCGUUAUUCAUGUACAAGGUCACAUAUAUAUACAUAUCGUAGAGACUCCUAAUCCUAGGGUAAUAUGAAUAUAGAUAAUUACAAGAUAUUAGUUAUCAUUAUUGCUAAGAUGUAUACGUAUCUUCUAUAGGGUACGUAUUUAUUUGAAGAAAACAGAAAAGCGAACAUGAAAACAGAAGUCACAAAUAUAUAUUAUUUUUGUUGGUACACCGACGAACUGUAAAAAAAAUUGACAAAGAAGAUAAAAACCAUGGAGAAGAAGAAAAAGGAAGA